CCCCCCCCCCCCCGAAUGACUGACUGGUGAAGGCCUGGCCAAUCGGCGCUGGGCCGCUGCUAAUGUGGCUAAAGUUAGCUUGGUGAGCUAACGAUCCGCUGCUUUAUUCGUAGGUGUUCAGUCUGACAGACUAAAAUGUUUGGUUCAUCGAGAUCUGGAGGGACCCGAGGAGGCCAGGACCAGUUCAACUGGGAUGACGUAAAAGUCGAUAAACACAGAGAAAAUUAUCUCGGAAACUCUUUGAUGGCUCCAGUAGGACGAUGGCAAAAAGGCAAAGAUUUGACAUGGUAUUCAAAAGACAAAAAGGGCAGUGCACCUUUGUCCAAAGCGGAGGAACUUGCUGCUGUCAAGGUUGCAGAGCAUGAGGCACUGAUGGCUGCCCUAGGGCACAAGAAUAUAAAGAGGCAACCUACUGGCCUGACCAAAGAGGACCUUGCAGAUAUUUGUAGGAGGGAAGAAGCUGAUGGUGAAGAGAGAAAUGUAGACCGUGUCUCAGGCUUGGGAACCUCAAGUGCAGGAUCAAGGAAAAUUCUGCUGUCCCAAAAAGAAAAGGAGGCUGCUAAGAUAGGUUUGCCAGUUUUUACACACCACAGGACAGAAGGUCAUCCAGUAACCUCAACAAAAACAUCUGAGAGUGUAGGAAAAGAAGAGAUGGAACAACAGUAUGAGAGCAAAAAGAAAAAGAAAGACAAAAAGAGCAAGAAGGACAAAAAGAAGAAGGAGAAAAGGAAGAAAAGGGAAAGAAGAGAUUCAUCCUCCUCAGAUUCAGAUGGCAACAGAAAGAGGCACAGAAAGGACCACCAUCAUCAUAAUCCAUCAUACCACAGUCAGAGUGGAGCCAGAUCCCAUGACAGCCAUUCAAGGGUGGGAGCAAAAGCUGAGCGUCAGCCUUUCUGCCCCCAUCAGCGACAGCAUCGGCAUGACACAGACUCCUCAGAUGGGGGGUCUCCUGUCCCCCGUAACCCUGCCAGCCACAAGACGGCCCCUGCUGGUGCCACACAAAGCCACAGGCGGCGCCACGACACAGACUCAGAUGACUAAUGUCUUCCCCAGCCCCCCAAUUCAAAGAUGACUUAUGUGGACAGAAGACGACGACUUCAUUUGCCCUGGACCGUCAAACGGCCUGUGGAUGGAAACCGGUCCUUGUGUUUGACUAACAUGAUUUGGCCUCAUGUUUUAACUUCUUUCCCCAGUAAGUUGUUCAGCUAGUCAUGGCAGUUUUUUUUAAAAAUAUAUUUAGUUAUACCACAAAUGUCUUUUUUUUUUUUUAUAGAUUUUGUUUUUAUUUUACUAGAGAAAAUACCAUGCAAGAAAAAAUAUUAUGCAAAGCAGAUGAAAUUACCUUUUUAUUCCUAUAUCUUGCCCCAGUGGCUGUCACUGCUCAGGAUAUUUUAGAAAAUUAUGUUUAACUCAGAACUUGUUUCUGUUAAAACAUUAAUCGUGUGCUGUGCUUUUUUUUUUUUCCCCUGGACAUUUCUUACCUGACACUCAGUGUUUACCACUGCUUAAGAAAGUAAAACAUUUCAAAAAAGUGA